AUGCCUCGCCUGCUGCUUCAGUCAUACAAGUCACAGAUGAUGGGGUUUCUUGAGGAGUUUGACCACUACUCUUCCUUGGCCAAACUCAUGUCAAUCUACCAAGCAACCAACAGGACCAUCUUCAACUGGACAGACAGCCGCAUUGUUGAGUGGGAGAAGUUUGCUGAGCUGGCUAAAUAUGAGCCUGAGUCCCAGAAAGUGACGGUGAAAGCUCUCCUCAUUGUGGCAUACUCAGUCAUCAUCAUCAUGUCUCUCUUUGGGAACAUGCUGGUGUGCCACGUGGUGCUGAAGAACAAGAGGAUGCACUCAGCUACCAGCCUUUUCAUCGUCAACCUGGCAGUGUCUGACCUCAUGAUCACACUGCUCAACACGCCUUUUACCUUGGUUCGGUUUGUGAACAGCACGUGGAUUUUUGGAAAGGCCAUGUGCCACAUAAGCCGCUUCGUGCAGUACUGCUCCCUGCAUGUCUCCACGCUGACGCUGACGGCCAUCGCUCUGGACAGGCACCAGGUCAUCCUGAACCCGCUGAAGCAGAGGAUGUCACUAACAAAGGGAGCACUGAGCAUCUCUGUUAUCUGGCUGCUGGCAACCUGUUUCUCCCUACCCCAUGCUAUCUAUCAAAAGCUUUUCCAGUAUAACUACAGGGAAGCCACUGUCCGGAGUUUGUGCCUUCCAGAUUUUCCUGAGCCCACAGAGCUGGUCUGGAAGUAUCUGGACCUGUCUACCUUUCUCCUUCUUUACCUCCUGCCUCUGCUCAUCAUCACUGUCACCUACAUGCGCCUGGCCAAGAAGCUGUGGUUCCGCAAUGCCAUCGGAGACAUCACCACACAACAGUACGUCACCCACCACAAGAACAAGAAGAAGAGCAUUAAGAUGCUGAUGCUGGUGGUGGUGGUCUUUGCUGUCUGCUGGUUCCCUCUCAACUGCUACGUGGUGCUCAUCUCCAGUCUAGGCAUCAAGACGAAGAACUCCCUCUAUUUCGCCCUGCACUGGUUCGCCAUGAGCAGCACCUGCUACAACCCUUUCAUCUACUGCUGGCUGAACGAGAACUUCCGCUCGGAGCUCAAGUCCCUGCUCUGCAUGUGCCAGAGGGUGCCUCAGGCUCAGGACAAUGCGCUGCCACCCAUGGUCACAUCCUGCCGUGAGGAGUGGAUGGAGCAGGCCAGGUACUGGAAGGGACCUGCCUCGCAGACUAUUUGCUCCACUGUAAACAUCCAGACAGCCAACACAGACCUGUGA